AUGUCUCUAACUGAUUCCUCGGCGGUCGAGAUUGCGAAGACGGCGUCUGUCGCAUCGCGUCGAUUGGCAACGUUGGCUGACGCUGAUCGCAACGAAGCAUUGACCGCACUUCAUCAUGCCCUGUCCAUCAACAAGACAAGCAUCCUGGAGGCCAAUGCGAAAGAUGUGGAGGCAGCCACCAAGGCCGCAGAAAAUGGCAGCCUCAGCCAUAGUGUCUUGAAGCGGCUUGACCUUUCGAGAUCUGGGAAGUAUGAUGAUAUGCUCCAGGGGAUCCUGAGCGUGCGGGACCUGAAGGACCCAAUCGGGAAUGUGACAAUGAGGACGCUCUUGGAUGACGGUCUUACCCUGGAGAAAGUGAGCUGCCCAAUCGGCGUCCUGCUGAUAAUCUUCGAGGCUCGUCCGGAGGUCAUUGCAAACAUAGCUGCUUUGGCUAUCAAAUCCGGAAACGCUGCCAUCCUAAAGGGCGGAAAGGAGUCUACUGAAUCAUUCGUCGCUAUAUCGAAGGUCAUCUCGGAAGCCAUCUCUCAUACGAAGGUCCCGGAAGCUUCAGUACAGCUGGUGAAGACACGGGACAUAGUGUCUUCUUUGUUGGCCCAAGACUCGUUCAUCGAUCUCGUUAUCCCCCGAGGCUCGAACGAGCUUGUUCGAUACGUCAAAGAUAAUACGAAGAUCCCGGUCCUAGGACACGCGGAUGGUCUUUGUUCCGCCUAUCUUCACGAGGACGCCGAUCCAGAAGUUGCCGUCAAAGUUAUCGUGGAUGCGAAGACUGAUUAUCCGGCUGCAUGUAAUUCGCUGGAAACCUUGCUCGUGCAUCAUGAUAUAGUUGGGACAGUAUUCCCCGCUGUUGCCAAGGCACUGUUGGAAAAGGGUGUGCGUCUUCGCUGUGAUCCCCCCACCAAGGCUGCGAUAGAAGGGCUCCCUAAUGCAUCGACAAUGGUACAAGCGGCUACGGAGUCUGACUAUGAGACGGAGUUCUUGGACCUCAUCCUGGCAGUGAAGACCAUUUACCCUGCAUCGCCCGACAGUUCUGCGGUUGACGCUGCGAUCGCCCACAUCAACUCCCAUUCGUCUAAGCACACAGACCUUAUUGUGACAAGAUCCAGAUCGGUGGCUCAAACCUUCAUGAAUGCCAUUGACAGUGCUGGUGUUUUCUGGAACGCCUCGACGAGGUUCGCGGACGGUAUGAGGUAUGGAUUUGGAACAGAAGUUGGUAUCAGCACGAACAAAAUUCACACUCGAGGCCCUGUCGGGCUUGACGGUCUGACCAUCUACAAAUACCUGCUUCGGGGCGACGGCCAUCGGGCUUCGGAUUAUUCCUCUGGCGAGAGAACAUGGAAACAUCAGAAUCUCCCGUUGUAA